AUGGACGUAUAUGUCCAGAUCACGGGCCUGGACUCAGGGAAAACGCGUGGAGUCAAGGCGCUGCUCGAUAGUGGCUGCAGUACCUGCUGCAUCGACACCGACUACGCACGGGCAGAAAAGCUGGAUAUCCAAGAGCUUCCGCAACCCAUUGUGGCUCGUAACGCCGACAACACCGAGAACAUCAGCGGUCGGAUCACGCACUACGUCGACUUGAGAAUGAGAAUCGGUCCUCAUGUGGAGACACGCACGUUCCUUCUGACGUGUCUGGGAAAAGCCCGGAUCUUCAUCGGCCUGGAUUGGCUGACGGAACACAACCCCGAGGUGGAUUGGCAGGAGCAGACAAUGAGAUUCAGCCGAUGCCCAGAGCAAUGUCAAAUGAGGGGUCACGAGGAGCACCAAGCAAUGAUCGACAUGGAUGCAAUUGACCUGGACGCGGGUGCACCGAAUCUGGAAGAGGGAGAAUCGAUCUUGUUGGUCGACUUUGGAAAGGAGGUAGACCUACGGCUGAAGGAAACGCCGGCGCAGAAAUUCGCAGAAGAAGCGGAAAAGGAGAAGGAGAGAAUGACCGAGGGAAAGAUUCCAGAUCAAUACCAAGAAUUCGUCAAAGUAUUCGCCAAGGAAUCAUUCGACUCGCUACCGGACCGACGGGCAUGGGAUCAUGCGAUCGAGCUCAAACCAGGCUCCAAAGCAGUGGACUGCAAGGUGUACCCCUUAUCGAGAAACGAGCAGGUCAAACUCGACGAGUUCUUACAAGAGAACCUAGCCAGCGGACGAAUCAGGCCAUCAAAAUCACCCAUGGCAUCGGCAUUCUUCUUUGUCAAGAAGAAGGAUGGCUCGCUACGGCCUGUUCAAGAUUACCGGAAGCUGAAUGAGAUGACGAUCCGAAAUCGGUACCCGCUACCGCUGAUUUCCGAACUGGUCCACAACCUGUGCGGCGCCAAGUUCUUCACCAAGCUAGACAUCCGGUGGGGAUACAACAACGUACGGAUCAAAGAGGGCGAUGAGUGGAAGGCUGCGUUUCGCACAAACCGCGGACUUUACGAGCCCUUGGUUAUGUUCUUUGGUCUCACGAAUUCCCCGGCAACUUUCCAAAACAUGAUGAACGACAUACUCCGGGAACUGAUCAACGAGGGACAUGUGGUAGUUUAUCUGGACGACAUACUAAUCUUCACAGAAAAUCUGGAUGAACAUCGAUGA